AGAGAAGGAGGGAAGGGUGGAGGGUCGACAGAGAGAGAGAUAACUGCCUCUCAUUGUGCUUCCUCUGAUUGGAAGGAGAACAAGUGGAGAGGAGAGAAAGAAGUGAGGACACAAAGAAGUCAGGACACAAAGAUAUCUGGUUUUUGUUUUGGGUCUUUGAGUGGAGAUGAAGCUUCUCCUCAGAGCUCUGAGUGCUCUUCUCUGCUGCUCGCUGUCCUCCUCACAAACACUGGAUCCUGCUGGGAGGAACGUCUGCCACAAUAUCAGGGACCCCUCCACCCUGGUCUGUUGCACUGGAUGGCGUCAAGAAGGAAAAGAGUGCACCAUACCUGUGUGUGAGGGUGAGCAGGCCUGCCUGAAGGAUGAGACCUGUGUGUAUCCUGGAGUGUGUCGCUGCCCACCUGGCUACUACGGAGCUCUCUGUAAAACACGCUGUCCUCCUGAGUUCUGGGCUCCAAACUGUCGCCAGGUGUGUCAGUGCUUCCCACACGGCCGCUGUCACCCCGUCACCGGUGAGUGCACCUGCAACCCCAACCGCUGGGGCCCGCUGUGCCAGUACGCCUGCAAGUGCGCCCGGCACGGCCAUUGCAACCCCGUCCACGGAAACUGCACCUGCGAUGAGGGCUGGUGGACGCCGAUCUGCUCCAAGCCGUGUCAGUGCAUCAGCGGGGGGUCUGUGGGCCCCGGCUGUGACCAGCUAACGGGCCGGUGCCAGUGCCACAGGGGCCACUGGGGGCUGAAAUGUCCCGGCUCUUGCAACUGCUACCUGUCGCCAUGUAACGAGCGCACCGGUGUGUGUGAGUGCGAGGCAGGCUGGUCGGGACACGGCUGCGACCGGCGAUGUAACUGUGACCUCACACACAGCAGCUGUGACCCGGUUAACGGGCAUUGUCUGUGCCACCCGGGGUACCAGGGUGUCUACUGCAACCAGCGCUGUGAACCUGGGAAAUACGGCAGUGGGUGUACAAUGAGUUGUGGUUACUGCAAAGACAACCAGAUCUGCUCUGACAUCGACGGCGCCUGUGAUGGCUGCGAGCCCGGCUGGAACGGUACACGAUGCGACCGCCCGUGCCCGUCUGGUUCUUACGGUGACGGCUGCGGGGAGAAGUGUCCACGCUGCAGGAAUAACGAACCAUGUGACCCCAAAACUGGGAAAUGUUGGAGGUGUGACCCUGGAUGGACUGGACCCAGGUGUGAGGAGGCCUGCUCCAACAGGACGUUUGGAGACGCCUGCGGCUUCCUGUGUAGCCCUUGUUUCCACGGUAACUGCCAUCACGUGACAGGAAGAUGUGUCUGUCAGGCAGGCUUUCAGGGGGAGAGCUGUAACAGCAGCUGCCCCGCCCUGCAGUUCGGCCUCAACUGUUCCUCCGCCUGUGACUGUGGUGAGGGGGAAGGCUGCGACCAAGUCACUGGUGUCUGCCCAAACAGUGGCAGAGCGGCUUUACUAGCAGGUGUGCUGGUUCCUUUGCUCCUGUUGCUCCUCGCUGUGCUCUGCUGCUGUUUGUGUUGUGGAGGAGGUCCUGUUGGUGGCAAAGACAGGGCGACUGUGGCUGAUGGAGGCUUGUCAGUUCGGAUGAAAUAUCACGUCUACAGCGUCCUGGCUAACAUCAGUGCUGCCCUCCCCUGUCUUUCUGAUUGGUCCUCUGGCCUGCCGCGUGUCACUGUGUCUCACCAUGACCCAGAGCUGACGUUCAACCACAGCUUCAUUGAGCCUCCGUCCUCUGGGUGGGUGACUGAGGGAUCGUCCUUCGACAGUGAUGAGGAGGAGGGAGAGGUGCUCUACUGUGUCCCUCCAAGAGAAGACAUCCCGGCGGUGGCGGGCGGCGAGUUCCACGAGAUGAGCUCAAAGUGCAACAUGUUCUUAGACCCCUCCGGCUUCAGCAGCGAGGACAUCACCUCGCCUUUCAACAUCCCUCGCACCUCCAGCAUCGCCAAGUCCAAACGGCCGUCUGUCUCGUUUGCAGAGGGCACCCGCUUCAGCCCUAAGGAGCGGCGUGGCUCGGCUCAGGACCCCAACGCUCUCCCUGGAUACCCACGCAACAAACCCAAGUCACCCUGGGGGGUUUUGAUGCUGUCUGCCCUCGGAAGUCAGGGAAGUGCGGCUAGAAAUGGGGAGGAAGAUGGAGCUGAGGGCGAGGAGGGGGAAGAUGAAGAGGAUGUGCAGGCGACAGACAAUCAGGAAUCAAGUUGUGAGGACCAGGAAGUAGACAGAACCCCUUCUCGGGCCACCCUGCAGGUCCCCGGGGCAUCAGGACGAAAGCGGACUAUGUCCAACACAGCUGCUCAUAAAGGGACCCAGCUGCCAACAUCUGCCUCUGAUGCUCAGGUCAAUAAGGUCACCACGGUGUAUGUGACGGUGGGUAAGGCAGGUAGGCCCGUGUCGAAGACGGAGACGAGCUCCGAAGGCCCAGUUCAGGCUGUGCUGCGGCGACUCGGCAGCCUCCAGAGACAAAGGGAGCAGGAUACGGGCCGGCCCAAGCCUAAAGCAGCUGGAGGCAUUACUAAACCACCCAGGAGGAAGCUGGGAGCGCGGGCGAGCGUGUGGGAGGAGGGAGGGCCGCCUGGAGGGGAGGUGGGCAUAUGUAAGCCAAUCAGGAGAAAGCAUGUCAACUCCUCAGACCCAGCUGGUGCGAACGACUCUCCACAAUCAGAGGGCGGCACUCCAAAAAGGCCUGUGUCGUUCAUUUUGCAGAGCGUGCCAGAGGUGGCUUCACAUGCUGACUCUGGGUCAGAUCUGACGGCUGAGGGCGGUGACCCCAGUACGGGAGGUAUAGAGGGCACCUACCUGACUGUGGGACCAGCAGGAGACGCUGUGAGUCUCACUGAGGUCAUCGCCAACGAAGGCGCAGCGGUCAGUGUGAUGGAUGAACCCUGCUAUGAAAAUGUCCUGAUUAAACACUCUUAACCGCUGAGAAACAACACGUCAGCAGGUCUGAUUCAAACACAGCUGCAUAUUUAUUACUCUGCAGUUAUAAUGUUACAGGCACAAAGGGAACUCUUGAAUUAUUAUGGUGUCAUCUGUUACACAAUGUAAAAGUACAGCUUGCAUACUGACAUUUAUGCAGCAUUUGUGAUAAAAAAACAAACCAUCUUUAGCGUAAAUACUACAGAAUAUAGAUGAAACACAUGGAAUUUAUAUUUUAGAUUAAAAGAUUAAAUGAAUACAGAAUAUCAGGUUUGGUAUUUUGGUAAUUUCUCCUAACAUUGCCACUGGUUGCAUUCGGUCUCUCCAGUUUCAUAUGAACAUGAGUAUAGAGGGACAAUUGAGCGAUCAUUUUUAUUUCCUCCAUUGAUGCAUGUUGUAUUAACUGUAUACCUACAAAUAAGCUGAAAUGUUGAAUUGAUUAGUUGUCAACUAUUAAAUUAAUCGCCAACUA